UCCCCCGCGCGGAGCCCCGCAGCCAGCGCAGCGUUCCCGGGAACUGCGGCAGCCGCUCGCAAACGCAGCCCUGCCCAGCCGCGCGUCCCGGUGCCCGCGCCCCACGGCCAUAGUCUUGCUGCACUAUAGCUCACGGAGCAUGUGCAGACCCGCAGGCGUUCAGGUGCUAUCUGUCCGGGGGGCUUCGGGGCAGUGGUGACUGUCACGCCUACAGAGACCUUUCGGGGGCUCUCGCCGCGCCUCUGCGUCGCGGGGGACACUGCGGUGCUCGCCAUCAGGGAGGCAGCUUCCUCUCGGUGGUCUUGAGACUCCUUGAGCUCCGUGCACCCUCCCUCUCCUUCCUCCGCGAUUCGCGCCUUCCCUCGCCGCUCACACCCGCAGCCUCCCGGAGCGGAGGCGUGCGUGCCCGCUGCUUCUCUUCCAAAGGGGCCUCCUCACUUCGGAGAUGCAGUGACAAAUUAAUAUGGGAUUCCAAGCCUCGGGUUCCCAGGAGAAGAAUCGCAAGAGGCAACAGUCCCUGACCUCCCAGAGCUCUUGAAUAGGCCACCCCGAAGGGGCGUUAGGACCCGACUGCAGCAUCCAUCCAGCAUCCAUCCAGCCGGACCAGUUGAGCGCCUCGACCCAUCCUCUGCAGCAUUCCCGCACCCCGAAGGUGCGCUCGCCGGGUUGCUCCGAGCUCCCCGACCUCGGCUUUUUUUUUUUUUUUUUCCUUUUCCACUGGUGGUGGGCGCCUCGCGGGCCGAGCCCGGCGCCUGCUCUGCUGCCCGCGCUGCCUUUAGCGGUUGCCUCCGCUGCCGCUGCCAGGGACGUGCUGGGAAAACCGAAGCCCCGGGAGAAGAUGCCGGCCAUUCUGGUCGCCUCCAAAAUGAAGUCGGGACUGCCCAAACCCGUGCACAGCGCCGCGCCCAUUCUGCACGUGCCCCCGGCCCGGGCCGGCCCCCAGCCCUGCUACCUCAAGUUGGGAAGCAAGGUGGAGGUGAGCAAGACCGUCUUUCCCAGCCAGAUCCCGCUGAAAGCGCACGGGCUGCAGGAGCUGGCGGGGGAGGGGCUGCCGCUGCGGAAGAGCGGCUCGGUGGAGAACGGGUUUGAUACCCAGAUCUACACGGACUGGGCCAAUCACUAUCUAGCCAAAUCAGGCCACAAACGUCUCAUCAAGGAUCUCCAGCAAGAUGUGACGGACGGUGUCCUCCUGGCUCAGAUCAUCCAGGUUGUGGCAAAUGAGAAGAUUGAAGACAUCAAUGGCUGUCCGAAGAACAGAUCGCAAAUGAUUGAAAACAUAGAUGCCUGCUUGAAUUUCCUGGCAGCUAAGGGAAUAAACAUUCAGGGGCUGUCUGCAGAAGAAAUCAGGAAUGGAAACCUCAAGGCCAUCCUAGGCCUCUUCUUCAGCCUCUCCCGGUACAAGCAGCAGCAGCAGCAGCCCCAGAAGCAGCACCUCUCCUCUCCACUGCCGCCAGCUGUGUCCCAGGCGGCCGGGGCCCCCUUCCAGUGCCAGGCUGGCACUCCUCAGCAACAGGUGCCAGCCACUCCCCAAGCCCUGUGCCAGCCUCACCAGCCAGCACCACAUCAGCAGUCAAAAGCACAAGCCGAAAUGCAGUCCAGUGCAUCAUCCAAGGAUUCAUCUCAAAGCAAAAUCAUCCGCUUCACUCUGGGUCAGAAAAAGAUCUCUAGACUUCCAGGUCCUACCACAAGGGUAUCCGCUGCAGGCAGCGACGCCAAAACACGUGGAGGGGCGGCCGCUGCUAACAACCGACGCAGUCAGAGCUUUAACAACUAUGACAAGUCCAAGCCAGUCACCUCCCCACCCCCACCGCCAAGCAGCCAUGAGAAAGAGCCCUUGGCCAGCCCCGCCUCCUCCCACCCCGGGAUGAGCGAAAGUGCACCUGCUUCUUUCGAGAGUGGCAGCAGCUCCACCCUUGCUAACUGCGGUGUCUCCUCGGCCAUCCCCCAGCCCGGCGCGGCCACCAAGCCCUGGCGCAGCAAGUCCAUCAGCGUGAAGCACAGCGCCACGUCGUCCAUGCUCUCGGCCAAGCAGCCCGUGCCCGAGGCCCCCAGGCCCAGCCCCGAAGCCUUGAAGCCAGCGCCCAACACCCAGAAGUCCAUGCUGGAAAAGCUGAAGCUCUUCAACAGCAAAGGGGGCUCCAAGGCAGGGGAGGGCCCGGGGUCUCGGGACACGAGCUGUGAGCGGCUGGAGAUUCUGUCCAGCGUCGAAGAGAGCGAAGAGAUGGAGGCCACCGGCCGCACGCCCUCCACGACGGGCCCCGCUUCCAGCAGCCCCAAGAUUGCACUCAAGGGCAUUGCCCAGAGAACGUUCAGCCGGGCGCUGACCACCAAGAAGAGUUCCCCAAAAGGCAACGAGAAGGAGAAGGAGAAACAGCAGCGGGAGAAGGAAAAGGAGAAAAGCAAGGACCUUGCCAAGAGAGCCUCUGUGACGGAGAGGCUGGACCUCAAAGAGGGGCCCAGAGAAGACCCCAGCGGGGCAGCCGCGACCGAGAUGCCAAAAAAGUCCUCCAAGAUCGCCAGCUUCAUCCCCAAAGGGGGCAAGCUCAGCAGUGCCAAGAAGGAGGCCGCGGCCCCUUCCCUCAGUGGAAUACCAAAACCAGGGAUGAAGAGCAUGCCCGGGAAGUCCCCAAGUGCCCCUGCCCCUUCCAAGGACGGGGAGCGGAGCCGGGGUGGGAAGCCGAGCUCGGGGCUGCCCCAGCAGAAGCCCCAGCUGGACGGCAGACACUCCAGUUCCUCCUCCAGCCUGGCGUCCUCGGAAGGCAAAGGCCCCAGCGGGACCACCCUGAACCACAGCAUCAGCAGCCAGACUGUCAGCGGCUCCGUCGGGACCACCCAGACCACAGGAAGCAACACCGUCAGUGUUCAGCUACCUCAGCCCCAGCAGCAGUACAGCCACCCCAACACUGCCACGGUCGCGCCGUUCCUGUACAGGUCCCAGACAGACACCGAAGGGAAUGUUACCGCCGAGUCCAGCUCCGCGGGGGUGAGCACGGAGCCCAGCCACUACUCCAAGAGUGGACAGCCUGCCCUGGAAGAACUCACCGGGGAAGACCCCGAGGCACGGCGACUGCGGACAGUGAAGAACAUCGCCGAUCUGCGGCAGAAUUUGGAGGAGACCAUGUCCAGUUUACGGGGAACUCAGGUUACACACAGCACAUUAGAAACCACAUUUGACACCAACGUCACCACGGAGGUCAGCGGGCGCAGUAUCCUCAGCUUGACGGGCAGGCCCACUCCUCUGUCCUGGAGACUCGGCCAGUCCAGCCCUCGGCUCCAAGCAGGAGAUGCCCCCUCCAUGGGCAACGGGUACCCGCCUCGAGCCAACGCCAGCCGGUUCAUCAACACCGAGUCGGGCCGCUACGUGUACCCUGCCCCUCUGAGGAGGCAGCUGGCGUCCAGGGGCAGCAGCGUGUGCCAUGUGGACAUCUCCGACAAGGCCGGAGACGAGAUGGACCUGGAAGGCCUCAGCGUGGACGCCCCCGGCUACAUGAGCGAUGGGGACGUCCUGAGCAAGAACAUCCGGACGGAUGACAUCACCAGCGGGUACAUGACGGAUGGCGGACUUGGCCUCUACACCCGCCGCCUGAACCGGCUCCCGGAUGGGAUGGCUGUAGUGCGGGAGACCCUGCAAAGAAACACCUCCCUGGGCCUCGGAGACGCUGACAGCUGGGAUGACAGCAGCUCCGUCAGCAGCGGGAUCAGCGACACCAUAGACAACCUCAGCACUGAUGACAUCAACACCAGCUCCUCCAUCAGCUCCUAUGCCAACACACCUGCCUCUUCUCGCAAAAACCUGGAUGUGCAGACCGACGCGGAGAAGCACUCGCAGGUGGAGAGGAACUCCCUCUGGUCGGGCGAUGAUGUCAAGAAGUCCGACGGAGGGUCAGACAGCGGCAUAAAGAUGGAGCCGGGGUCCAAGUGGCGGCGGAAUCCCUCGGACGUGUCUGAUGAGUCUGACAAAAGCACGUCGGGCAAGAAGAACCCCGUCAUCUCCCAGACAGGCUCGUGGCGGCGAGGCAUGACCGCCCAGGUGGGCAUCACCAUGCCGAGGACGAAGCCGGCUGCCCCGGCGGGCACGCUCAAGACGCCGGGAACCGGAAAAACUGACGAUGCAAAGGUGUCCGAGAAAGGAAGGCUCUCUCCCAAAGCCUCCCAGGUGAAGCGCUCCCCGUCCGACGCUGGCCGCAGCAGUGGGGACGAAUCCAAAAAGCCCCUCCCCGGCAGCGCCAGGACGCCCACUGCCAAUGCCAACAGCUUUGGGUUCAAGAAGCAGAGUGGCUCGGCCGCCGGUCUGGCCAUGAUCACAGCCAGUGGAGCCACUGUCACCAGCAGGUCAGCCACCCUGGGCAAAAUCCCAAAGUCAUCGGCGCUUGUGGGUCGGUCCACUGGCCGGAAGACGAGCAUGGACGGGGCUCAGAACCAGGACGACGGGUACCUGUCCCUCAGCUCCCGGACAAACUUGCAGUACCGGAGUUUGCCACGGCCCAGUAAGUCCACCAGCCGCAACGGGGCUGGGAACAGAUCUAGUACCAGCAGCAUCGAUUCCAACAUCAGCAGCAAGUCCGCAGGCCUGCCGGUGCCCAAGCUGAGGGAGCCUUGCAAAACGGCCCUGGGCAGCUCUCUGCCGGGUCUGGUCAACCAGACGGACAAAGAGAAAGGCAUCUCAUCUGACAGUGAGAGCGUGGCUUCCUGUAACUCAGUGAAGGUGAACCCAGCAGCCCAGCCUGUGUCCAGUGCGGCUCAGGCCACUCUCCAGCCGGGCACCAAGUACCCUGACGUGGCCUCUCCCACACUCCGCAGACUCUUUGGUGGGAAGCCUAGCAAGCAAGUGCCCAUGGCCACAGCUGAAAACAUGAAAAACGCGGUGGUCCUCUCCAAUCCUCAUGCCACCUUGACCCAGCCAGGUAACUUAGAGUCCCCCUCGGGCAGCGGCGCCCUGAGCAGCGGGAGCAGCAGUCCGCUCUACAGUAAGAAUGUGGACAUCAACCCGUCUCCGCUAGCCUCCAGCCCCAGCUCAGCACACUCAGGCCCCUCCAACAGCCUCACCUGGGGCACCAACGCCAGCAGCUCCUCAGCAGUUAGCAAGGGCUUCCAGUCCGUCAGCAGCCUGCACACCAGCUGUGAGUCCAUCGACAUCUCCCUCAGCAGCGGAGGGGGGCCGAGCCACAACUCCUCCUCGGGCCUCCUCGCCUCCUCUAAGGACGACUCCCUGGCUCCCUUUGUGCGAACCAACAGUGUGAAGACCACACUGUCCGAAAGCCCUCUCUCCUCCCCUGCCGCUAGCCCUAAGUUCUGCAGAAGUACUUUGCCCAGGAAACAGGACAGUGACCCGCACCUUGAUAGGAACACUUUGCCUAAGAAAGGACUCAGGUACACCCCCACCUCCCAGCUCCGCACACAAGAAGACGCAAAAGAAUGGUUACGGUCCCACUCUGCAGGAGGCCUGCAGGACACGGCUGCCAAUUCCCCUUUCUCCUCCGGCUCCAGCGUCACUUCUCCCUCCGGAACGAGGUUCAACUUCUCUCAGCUUGCGAGUCCCACCACUGUCACCCAGAUGAGCUUGUCCAACCCAACCAUGCUGAGGACCCACAGCCUCUCCAAUGCCGAUGGGCAGUAUGACCCGUACACCGACAGCCGCUUCCGGAAUAGCUCCAUGUCCCUGGAUGAGAAGAGCAGAACCAUGAGCCGCUCAGGCUCCUUCCGGGAUGGGUUUGAAGAAGUUCAUGGAUCCUCGCUCUCCUUGGUUUCCAGCACAUCGUCCAUUUAUUCAACACCAGAAGAAAAAUGCCAGUCAGAGAUUCGCAAACUGCGGCGGGAGCUGGAUGCCUCCCAGGAAAAGGUUUCAGCUUUGACCACCCAGCUGACAGCAAAUGCUCACCUCGUGGCAGCCUUUGAACAGAGUCUUGGAAACAUGACAAUCAGGCUCCAGAGUUUGACCAUGACGGCUGAGCAGAAGGAUUCUGAACUGAAUGAGUUAAGAAAAACCAUUGAGUUGCUAAAGAAACAGAAUGCAGCUGCCCAGGCUGCCAUUAAUGGAGUAAUUAACACUCCGGAGCUCAACUGCAAAGGAAAUGGUACCUCCCAGUCUGCAGACCUCCGCAUCCGCAGGCAGCACUCCUCCGACAGCGUGUCCAGCAUCAAUAGCGCCACCAGCCACUCCAGCGUGGGCAGCAACAUAGAAAGCGAUUCAAAGAAAAAGAAGAGAAAGAAUUGGGUCAAUGAGUUACGCAGCUCCUUCAAGCAAGCGUUCGGGAAGAAGAAGUCCCCCAAGUCGGCGUCCUCUCAUUCAGACAUCGAGGAGAUGACGGACUCUUCUUUGCCUUCCUCACCAAAGUUACCGCACAACGGCUCCUCGGGUUCCACGCCACUGCUCAGGACCUCCCACUCCAACUCCCUCAUUUCGGAGUGCAUGGAUAGUGAGGCGGAGACGGUCAUGCAGCUCCGGAAUGAGCUGAGAGACAAGGAGAUGAAACUGACGGACAUCCGCCUUGAAGCCCUCAGCUCUGCACACCAGCUCGACCAGCUCCGGGAGGCCAUGAACAGGAUGCAGAGUGAAAUAGAGAAGCUGAAAGCUGAGAAUGACCGGCUAAAGUCAGAGUCUCAAGGCAGCGGCUGCAGCCGAGCGCCCUCCCAGGUGUCCCUCUCGGCCUCCCCGAGGCAGUCCAUGGGCCUCUCCCAGCACAGCCUGAACCUCACUGAGUCAACCAGCCUGGACAUGUUGCUGGAUGACACUGGUGAAUGCUCGGCUCGGAAGGAAGGAGGCAGGCAUGUUAAGAUAGUUGUCAGCUUUCAGGAGGAAAUGAAGUGGAAGGAGGAUUCCAGGCCACACAUCUUUCUUAUUGGCUGCAUUGGAGUGAGUGGCAAGACGAAGUGGGAUGUGCUCGAUGGGGUGGUUAGACGGCUGUUCAAAGAAUACAUUAUUCACGUCGACCCAGUGAGUCAGCUCGGGCUGAAUUCGGACAGUGUGCUGGGCUACAGCAUCGGGGAAGUCAAGCGCAGCAACACCUCCGAGACGCCCGAGCUGCUGCCCUGUGGCUACCUGGUGGGAGAGAACACCACCAUCUCCGUGACCGUCAAAGGGCUCGCGGAGAACAGCCUGGACUCGCUGGCGUUCGAGUCCCUGAUCCCCAAGCCCAUCCUGCAGCGCUACGUCUCCCUGCUGGUGGAGCACCGGCGCAUCAUUCUCUCCGGCCCCAGCGGCACCGGGAAGACCUACCUGGCCAACCGGCUGUCCGAGUACCUGGUGCUUCGGGAGGGACGAGAGCUGACAGACGGGGUCAUCGCCACCUUCAACGUGGACCACAAGUCCAGCAAGGAAUUGCGCCAGUACCUGUCCAACCUUGCCGACCAGUGCGCCAGUGAGAACAACGCUGCGGACAUGCCUCUCGUCAUCAUCCUGGACAACCUGCACCAUGUCAGCUCCCUGGGCGAGAUCUUCAAUGGGCUGCUCAGCUGCAAGGACCACAGAUGCCCUUACAUAAUCGGCACAAUGAACCAGGCUACCUCUUCUACUCCCAACCUGCAGCUCCAUCACAACUUCAGGUGGGUGCUUUGUGCCAACCACACGGAGCCCGUGAAGGGUUUCCUUGGCCGGUUCCUGCGGCGGAAGCUCAUGGAGACGGAGAUCAGUGGGCGGGUGCGGAAUGUGGAGCUGGUGAAAAUCAUCGACUGGAUUCCCAAGGUCUGGCAUCACCUCAACCGCUUCCUGGAGGCUCACAGCUCCUCAGACGUCACCAUAGGCCCCCGGCUCUUCCUGUCAUGCCCCAUCGACGUGGAUGGCUCCAGGGUGUGGUUCACCGACUUGUGGAACUACUCAAUUAUCCCCUAUCUCCUGGAAGCCGUCAGGGAAGGACUCCAGCUCUACGGAAGGCGGGCCCCCUGGGAGGACCCUGCCAAGUGGGUGAUGGACACCUACCCCUGGGCAGCCAGCCCGCAGCAGCACGAGUGGCCUCCCCUGCUGCAGCUCCGGCCCGAGGAUGUCGGCUUCGACGGCUACUCCAUGCCUCGGGAGGGCUCGGCCAGCAAGCAGAUGCCCCCCAGCGACGCUGAAGGAGACCCGCUGAUGAACAUGCUGAUGAGGCUGCAGGAGGCAGCCAACUACUCCAGCCCCCAGAGCUACGACAGCGACUCCAACAGCAACAGCCAUCACGACGACAUCCUGGACUCAUCCCUGGAGUCAACUCUGUGACAGGGUCCAGCCAUGGAGCCUGCCCACCUCCUCCUCGCCUCGCCCCACUUCACCUCCUUCCUCUGCACCAUCCUGAAGAUGCCCUCCUGAGCCAGCCCGGCCGCAGCAUGAGCGCUGCAGGAACACCAAGCCCCCGGUCCUCCCUCCCAGACCUGGGUGCAGCCAUCCCGGGCCAGCCCCCUGGGACUGCUUCCUUCCACAGUGAGAACUGCACUAUCUUCGGUUUCAUUUAAAUCAUUGCUCUUGCCUUGUUGCUGUGACCUCCCCAAGUCACUGAAGAUACUUCUCGGGAAAGGACCAUCACCGUUGAAACGAAAAGGGUUAAACAUGGGAACCCCACUUGAAGUUCUGAAACCAAACAGCAUCCUGCCACGAGCUGCCCAGAGACAGACAGACUGGAGCAAACCUUGAAACCCCGACAGCACGGCUUCCCCUCACUCAGACCCUGCCAAGUGGGUCUGGCCGCCAGCACCCUCACGUCCAUGCCAACUCACCCAACCGGCCACAGAGAACUGGUGCUAACGAGGCACUUGCUUUGUCACACAACAAACGUCAGCGCUACGCACAGGGAAACCUUAGGAGAAAACACCUCGUGCUCUCUGCUCUGUUCUGUUUCCUAAAUGGUGCUCUCCUUCCCCGAGAGGUAUUUUGCCUGUUCCAGUCCAGCCACACCUCCCCCCGUCACCUCCGGUGAGCCUACGAGUGUGCGUGCAGGAGUGAGAAUGUGCCCGAGCGGACCUGCCAGGGCAGACAGCAUGCGUCUGUCUCCUUAGAAAUGAAUCAGGUUUCUUUUCUGCAAACACUGUGUCCAGUGAGAAUUGGUCUCCUUUGGAGAACUGAUGACCCCUUUGAGAAUGAGGUUGAGUUUCUCCCUUUCUGACUCUUUGAUUUUGAAGAUUUGUCUCCUUCCCUUCCCCACCCUCGCACCCCACCCCCACCCCGUCCACCCGCAGUCAGAAUCAAUCCUUUGGUGGAAGUGAGAACCGCUGGAGUUGAGUCUUGGUUUUCAGUUGUCCAUCCUCACAGUUCCACACACUCGCCUCCCACUGGGGCCUGGGUCACCACGUCCUGUGGAGUGGGCCGGGACCCCAUCCUCAGCACGUGGGGGAGCCGGGACCUUGCCUUUCCUUCUGUCCUCGAGGCUUCGGAACGCACGUCGACACCUCCAGCGUGCCAGCUCCAACCUCAGGUGGGUGGUGAGGUCACCUCUCGAAAGACUUGCACUUUUCUCAGAACAAACGUGAUGCAACUCAACUAGGGAGUGGCAGCCCGGCCACUCCCUCCUGGAUGCCCCAGCCUCGGGCUUCGUCGGACGAGCCUUGCCUGACCUCUUCGGUGCUGACCUUCCCAAAGUGAUGCCUUACUGGUUUUGUACUAACCGUGUUCAUGGAUGAGUGUCGUGCCUGCCUGGGGUCCGUUUUUUUAUUUUCCCCAUCAGAGCAAACAGGGCUAAAAAGUCAUCCCACUCAGUAGGAGAACUCACGUUGCUGUGACUUUUAUCUCAUCCAAAAGACUCAUUUGUAUGGGUGUGUGACUAUGGGAAAAAAGAAAAGAAAAAAGAAAAAAAAAGAUCCAUUUUUUAGGUUCUUAACAGUCUCCAGCUAACACGUAGGCAGAAGUUCCUCCAGGUCUACGUGAUGUUGCUGGUUACAUGCCGUGCUAGUACGUGUCUUCAACAUACUGGUAUCUUCCUUACAGAGUGUGGUAAACCUUUCAGUUGUUUGUUUCUGUUUUAUAAGGAGAAUCAAUAUUCCACCCCAGUGGGGGCAUCUCUGUUAAUGAUCAGGGUUUUUAUUCCAUCUUUCGAUUUCUAUUUCUGAAGGUCCAUCUCUCUCUGUUUUCAUUUUACCACAAGAGCUUGACCUGACACUGCUCACACUGCAUUGGAGAACCAUUUUCUCCCUCCUCGAAAGGAAAAGGGGAAUUUUUCCCACUAACUGGUGCACGGACAAACCUCUCAACACUGUCCCGGUUUUAAUCUCAGUAAACUCGGACUCUCGUCUGCUAAGCCUUCAUCAAUCAUCUGGGUGUGUGAGUGUGUCUUGUUCUGUUCUGUUUUUCAUAAAACCCUUAAACCAUAUAGUUAGCCUGUGACCACAGGCCAAACCCUGAGCCUUCUGGGCAACCUGAAGAGUGGUCCUUCUCAUUGUAUCUCCCAGUGAUGACCUUACGCUCAUACUGUGAAUUUGGGAAGAGGUAAAAUUGACUGUUCCUCAUGGGCAGUUUUCCCAGUCACCUUGUGAGUAGACACCUGCCAGUAUUGUUUGAGAUAUUCUCUCUCUCUCUCUCUCUCUCUCUCUCUCUCUCUCUCUCUCUCUCUCUCUCUCUCUCUCUCUCACCUCUUUUCUUCUCCCCUCUCCCACAGACUUCCCUCCCACUGGGUCCAGGUUCAGAACCGAGACCUCCGUCCCUGGUGCUGCCUGACUAGUGAAAGUGAUUCCAAGUAGUGUAGCCCUUGUGUGAUUCACAACUCAGUGACCUUCCUAGAGCUUCGGAAGCAGGGUUGUCUGAUGUGCACAUUUCUCCUCUUGGUCAUAUUUUACUUUAUUCGUGUCACUCACCUUUGACAAAGUGACUUUGUGCUCAUUUAGGGCUCUGUCCGAAAUGCUUCCAUUUUGCCUUUUUCUACAGUUUAGGCUAAUUUUGAAAUGUAUGAAAUUCUAUGCAACAUUUAUGUUGAGUUACCAAUGGAAGCCAAAAGUUUCUUCCCAAACUGCCAAGACUUAUACAGGCCAUAAAUGAGAUGGGAAUGCCUUUUCCUUUAAGGUGGGGGGUGGGGUAGGUGGGGGGACCAGGAAUGGGUUUUGCCUACACCUUCGUUGUAUCUUGGGAACAUUUUUUAUUUAAUUGCUGAUGCUCUAAACUUCAGAAUUCUGUAUAUUCAAAUUUGAUUGUGGCGAAUCUACUUCAAAAAGAAGAAAAAAUAAUCCAACGUUGUGGAUAUUCAACGGGAGGUUUGCUGUAUUGAUCUAGUUGUUUUCCAGUGGAGCAGUUUAUGAAAUAUGUUCUAUAAGAUGUACAUUUUUUCAUUGUAACAUAGAAAUUGUAAAUAAUCGAUUAAAGUGCUGCAUUUUGAUGAAUUUUUUCUAGCCAUUUUUAAAGAGAAAACUAGGAAUUGAGUAUUUUGUGUACGGUAUGUUUCCGUCCUCCCUCCCUUCCUCCUCCCCUCCCUCUCUCCCUAUUUAAUUUUCAUUUGUCAUGAGGUUUUUGGAUUUGCCAGUGAUCUGCUGGAGAUAAUGCCCCACGUCAUGGAGAAUAAAGCUGAUGAUUGUACCAGUCUUAAAUUAUUCAUGAUUCAAUAAAAUUGAUGCUUAUUUA